AAGAAGGUGUGUGGAGUGAGUAUGAGCCUAGCCGUGGCGUGUGCGUUCACAUGGUUCAUGUUCUCAUGAUCUCUUCUAUGAAACUACCGGUAUUUUGUUAGGCAAAAUCAUGAUUACCGGACUUACCUAGGCUGUCACUAUCCGCGGAGCUGGACUCCUGGAGCUGUAGUCUUAUCCAGCUGCACGAAUACUACAGGAAUACCUGCAGCUGUGAACAGCAGCAGUUCUGUAGCGAUCCAUUCUCCUAUUCCGUUUCAUACGCGGAAUUCUUCCUUCCUGGAAUUGGAGCUCCGCACCACCAUCAUUUGUUGGCUCAUAGAAUGCUGUUGGACUGUGAUCGAUAGGCUUAGGUCGUAAAACUCGACCUCGCUGCAGCACAGCACCGGUCGGCGCUAGCGCGGUAGUUUCAUAUUAUUGAUCAUUACGCCUCCUGAAUAGGGCAACCUCGAACAAUCUGUGUAUGGCUUGCUGAAUUGGGCAAUGGCUGACCAAGAUGGUUGCGCGGAUGGUGGCCAAAGCCUGCAAGCCAUGCUUCAAGGUGCUAAGCUGAAAAAGACAACAACUGUUGUUCGUCGAGUUGAUGGCAGCACCUUCACGGAGCAGAGGGACGAGCAGUGUGCGCCGGCAGUAUUAUCUCCACCAGUGCCAUCUGGUGUGCUGUCCGCUGCUGAAGGAGGCCCGCCACCACCACCACCACCUGCCCCUCCGCCAGCCAUGGUGCCAUCUGUUGCUCGAGGCAGUCCAGCACCUCCUCCACCUCCUGCCCAGCCCACAAUACAAGCUGGUAUGAAAGGUGGGCCACCACCACCCCCACCACCACCACCAUCAGCAGCAGCGGCAGCCAGCACUACAGGCAAUUGGCGACAGAGGAGCAAGGGAGCAGCUGAGAAAGAGUUUUCUGACAGAUCUGACUGCUGGCAAGCUGCUCUGAGUGCGUCCGUAAAGUGGGAGGACUGCUCUGCGCUCUCAACCUCUUCGGAGGGUGGCUCUGGCGUCAUUUUUGUGGAAGUCCAGGGUAACUCGAACAAGGUCGUGGUCGUCAAGGGCAGUAGCACAGUUGUGCAGGAGCUGUUUGCUGCUCGCGUGGCCAAGGCCGUUGGCGUUGCCGUUCCCGAGAUGCGCAUGACGGCCUACACGCAGCCGGAGUGGCGUCGCCUCCAGCAGCGUCUCAAGGCCAUUGCCAAGUCACAUCACAAAGCCAAGGUGCAGAAGGAGCUCGAUCGGCCGUACAUCCUCAUCAUGCAGUUCGUGAAGGGAGUGCCGCUGGCAAUGCUUACACCAGACAAGGCCCGCGAGGCUUUCACGAGCACCAACAGUCACUGCCUGUUCUUCGGCCUUGGUAGGAUUCUUGCACUGGACAUGCUGAUGAACAACUGGGAUCGGCUGCCGGUUCUCUGGGAGAACGAAGGCAAUCCGAACAACAUCAUCUUCUCACCGCACGGUGUGGCUUGGGGCAUUGAUCAGGCUCUCACCUCCAUCAACCCUCACACGUUUGCGACAGGAGUGGCGAAGUACAUUGGCAAGCUUCGCAGUUUCCUCAAGAGCGUUAUUGAAGCGGAAGACCCAACGCAGUCACUCGGAGUCGUUCUUGAUCAGAUCAAGAUGUUCACCGGGUACACGGUGGCGGAUCAACGCACUGCAUGCACCUACAUCCGGCACGGCUUACUCUCUGGGCUGCAGAGAGCAGCUGCCCUGGACUUUGGCGAGCAAAGGGCCAAGCUGGACAAGAUGGUACAGGCGUCAAUGGACUGGGGCAAUGUGUGGGAGUCUGGAAUGAAAAUGAUCAACCUUGAUUUCCUGAAGGAGGUCCAGUCAGUCACACGGGAACUGCUCGACACUGCCAUGUCAUCGCCACACCUAUCACUGCCCUCACUUUCAGCUGACAGGGAUGACGUCAAGGUGCUCCUGCUGCAGACAGCACAGACAGGCAGUGACGCGGAUCUGCUGGCCCACGUGGACAGCGUGCUGACUCAGGAGGCAACAGCGACAGGCCGGGCGGGUGAUCUCUUCCUGCUGCCAGAGUCGUGUGUGUCUGAGCCCGGCGUGCCAUCAGUGGAGAAGCACGGUACCCUGGCACAGCUCUCGGCCCUGGCAGCCAAGCAUGGCAUUGUCGGCAUUCUAGGAUCCAUGUGUGAGCGCACAGCCAGCGGCAAGAUAUACAACACAUGCGUUGUGGUGGAUGCGCAAGGCACCCAGCUGGCCAGCUACCGGAAGCGCAAAGUCCUCGGCAACAUCGAAAGCGGCACGGAGGAAUGCGUGCUCGACCUGCCGUUCGGUCGCGUUGUCGUCCUGAUUUGCCACGACAUAGAGCACCAAGACGUACUGCAGGAAGCACUUGCACACAAACCUUUCCUGAUUGUCAACCCAGUGGAAAUACUCUCCCCAUCUCAUAUCUCUAAGUAUCCCAGUAUGCUAGCCGGCGCUUGGAACACCAGCCUCAGUACGGUGUCACGCAAGUGGGAGCGCCUCGCCAAGGAGAACGGAGUGACAUUCCUGCGCUGCGAUCGCUCACACGACCGGUCCAGUGGCUUUGGAACAAGCAUGAUUGUGACGCCCAGGAGUACGCACCAUGCAUCCACUCCAAAGACGACAGUGCUCUCGGCCGCUAUCCCCAAGAGACCUGCACCGUUCGACUGGCCUCCACCGCACCGACAUCGGACGGAGUGGAUUGACGAAACAGGAAACAGGUUUCUCAUCCAGCAUCUGAAGAACGGACGUCGUCAACUCGAGCAGCGUAAAAUCCCGGACGGCAUGUCAUUGUGCCCGCUGAGCAAGAACUCUAUGGCAUGCAUGUCCUCUGGUGAAGUCACCAAGUGGAACCUGGCCGACGUCAAGUGCACACACACGCACACCUUGAUUGGAAAGCCGCUGUGCAUGGACGUGAUCCGCAGCGGCAACACACAGUCUAUAUCGGUAGUCAGCAGCGAGAAAUGGUCAAUCAUGAACGCAGAGGAUUUGUCAGUUAUGGAGGAGAUUGACAUGGAAGCCGAGCCACGUAUCCUAGGCGCAACUCGCUUGAGGCGUUCCGACACUGCUUUUACUCUCUGCCUAGUAACGCGAACCAAGCUUAUCAUAUUAUGCAGUGCUCACGUUGCCGAGAGCAGCGUGCUGCAGGAUGUCAAGAGAACCACUCACGCACUGGCAUGCCCCUUGGAAGGCAGCGUCCAGAUCUAUGCUGUCGGUUCGGACACUCUAAUCAUCGUUUCCAGUCCCAAUGCGGAGAGCAGUGGCAGGUGGCUAGUGCGGCUGUCCGGUGACUCAGUGCAGGACAGCCCGGCCACGGUGGUUGACUUCUUUGGCUUGCCGAGCCUCACUGGCACCAUCAUGCAGGUUCUACUGGUCAAUGGGAAGACAACUUGCUUCAUGAAAGAUGGUGCGGUGGUGCAACUGCGAAGCAUUGCUGCUGAUCCCAAUCUGCGUAUACCAAGCACGAUGUACACCUUGCCGAGUCUGCUUUCGGUGACAUGGCUGGCGACGCCUGCUGACGGCAUUCUUGCAGCUGGCUGCGCCGAUGGACAUCUGCUGCUCGUGGACGCCAGUUCUGGUGCGGUGAAGGAGCGGAUGGUCAAGUUGACAAGUCCUGCCUUGGCACUAUCAACUGGCCACAAUCGCUUGUGGGCGGCUUCUGGCGAUGGUCUGAGCACUCUGACGUUCUGGUGCAACAGAGAGCAGCAGGGAUUCGAGCGGCUAGCAGUGCCGAAGACCAGCUAGCCAUGCCUGAGAAAUGCGGCCUCAGUGCACGCAAACAUGCCAUGCAGUAGAACAUUGCCUGAUGGUCCACUACUUUGCCAUGCAGUAGAACAUUGCCUGAUUGUUCAGUGCUAGUAGAGUAUUGCCGCAUGUGUAUCCAAACCAUGCUGGCUUCAAUUUUUAACACAUUUGAAUUUUUUAAACUUUUCAACAAAUUAUCAAGGUCUGUAUGUGUGCACUUGAAUAGUGGUAUAUGAUACACACCCAGAGCUGGUAGUUUUCCCCUGGAAACUUCAAGUCUCAGCUGAACAGCCCUUUGCCGCCAGUGUUUGUGCGGUGGUAUGAUACACACACAGAGCUGGUAGUUUUCCCCUGGAAACUUCAAGUCUCAGCUGAACAGCCCUUUGUCCCCAGUGUUUGUGCGGUGGUAUGAUACACACACAUAGCUGGUAGUUUUCCCCUGGAAACUUCAAGUCUCAGCUGAACAGCCUUUUUCCCCCAGUGUUUGUGCGGUGGUACGAUACACACACAGAGCUGGUAGUCUUCCCCUGGAAACUUCAAGUCUCAGCUGAACAGCCCUCUGCCCCCUGUGUUUGUGCGGUGGUAUGAUACACACACAGAGCUGGUAGUUUUCCCCUGGAAACUUCAAGUCUCACCUGAACAGCCCUCUGCCCCCUGUGUUUGUGCGGUGGUAUGAUACACACACAGAGCUGGUAGUUUUCCCCUGGAAACUUCAAGUCUCACCUGAACAGCCCUUUGCCCCCAGUGUUUGUGCGGUGGUAUGAUACACACACAGAGCUGAUAGUUUUCCCCUGGAAACUUCAAGUCUCAGCUGAACAGCCCUUUGCCCCCAGUGUUUGUGCGGUGGUAUGAUACACACACAGAGCUGAUAGUCUUCCUUUGGAGACUUCAA